AUGUCUUCUUCUUCAUCCUCCACAACAACCAUAACUACCACAACGGCGGAGCGCAAAGUCGACUUUUCCAUUAUUGAAGAAGAAUUGGGAUCCGAGCCGCUUUCUAAAGUGCACCAAACCUUCAACAAUGGUUGCGACAGGAAUAGCCUUUCCCGGCGCCUCAGCCGCCCUACACUACCUCCUUCCCUCCCCUCUCAGACCCCUUCCGCCAAGUGGAACCGAUCCGAGGGCUUUUGGCGCUCUUUCGUCGCAAUAUGCCUUCCGCUUCUCCUCUCUGCGCUCGAAGGAAGCGUGACCAAUACCGCGCUUCCAACCAUCUCUGAAGCGUUGGAUCUCGGCACCAAAUUCUCUUGGGUUGCAACUGCCUUUCUGCUCGCAAGCACCAUUUUCCAACCCCUGUACUCCCAGUUUGGAGAUAUGUGGGGAAGGAAAAUGCCUAUGAUGGCUGCUGUGGCCGUCUUUGCUGUCGGUUCUGCAAUCUGUGGUGGUGCGCAGAAUGGCGCUGUACUGAUUGCUGGACGAAUCGUUCAAGGCCUGGGAACGGGCGGCAUCGAUCUGUUCGCCGAGAUGAUUCUCUGUGACAUUGUCCCCCUGAGAAAGAGAGGCCCGUACUUGGCUAUCAAACACGUUGCUUUCGCUAUUGGCACCACUCUCGGUCCACUCCUUGGAGGUGUUUUCGCAGAGCACGGCUGGAGAUGGUGUUUUCUCAUAAACAUACCGGUUUGCGCCAUCUCCUUGGUGGUAAUCUGGCUAUGGUUGAAUGUCGGUGGUGGUAUUGAUACUGCCGAAGUAUCCGUCAAGGAGGAAUUGAAGAAGGUCGACUACGUAGGAAGCGGCAUGCUCACUGGCUCCGUCCUCAUGCUACUCGUCGCACUCAGCACAGGCGGCGCACCAAGACCUUGGUCUCACUCCUCUGUGGUUGUUCCAAUGGUAUUUGGUGUCCUUGGGCUGGUAGGAUUCGGCUUCUGGGAACGCUGCUCCUACUGCAGAUACCCCAUCAUGCCACCCCACAUAUUUUCGAACCGCACCACCAACAUCGCCUUUGCACUCACCACCAUGCACGGCUUCAUAACCUACGGCUUCCAAUUCUACCUCCCACCCUUUUUCCAAGCCGUCAAGGGUUCCUCGCCUACACAAUCUGGUGUAGAAGUCAUGCCCACAACCCUCGUCGUCGUCGUUCUAGCAGCAGUCGGUGGCCCCUUACUGAGCUUCUGGGGCAGAUACAAACCCAUGCACAUUGUCGGAUUCUCCCUGACAACCCUCGGCUUAGGUCUCUGCACACUUCUCGAAGCCAACACCUCGAUCGGCGUUUGGCUUACCCUCCAACUCGUCACAGCAGCAGGUCUCGGCAUAGUUAUCAGCACUAUGCUUCCUGCUGUUCAGGUCAAGCUUCCUGAAUCUACGACUGGUGCAAGUGCAGGCUCCUGGGCUUUCCUUCGUGGCACGGGUUCACUCUUCGGUGUCGCGAUUCCUGGUGCCGUCUUUAACGUCCGCUUCGCUUCCCUUCUUCCAACCAUCUCCUCUGAGUCUGCCCGCGCUAAACUUGCCAACGGGCAAGCCUACCAACGCGCAACCGCUUCUUUCAUCGCCACACAAGCUACAUCCCCAAUAAUCAAGGUUGAGAUUGUCAACGCCUUCACCAAGAGUCUCAAGUGCGUGUGGAUCGCUUUCGCUAUACUCGCUGGCCUGGGCUUCUGCUUGACAUGGUUUGAGAAGGAGUAUAAGAUGCGCCAGGAGCUUAACACGGCAUAUGGGCUCAAGCCAAAGAAAGUGGCGGGUAGCGCGAAGGCCAGUCCUAGCGGAAUGGAUACGGGCGUUGUCACACCUGAGAAUAUUGACGAGGAGGAACUGGGUACAAAACCUAUCGGAGUAAUGGCUGCGGACAAUCGACGUCUGUUCGAAAUGGAUGACAAUAUUAAGCUAGGAGACAUUAGGGGAAGAGCGGGGGAAGUAUGA